GCGUUAUUGUUCGUGGUAAUUCAUAUCUACAACAUUAGAGGCCGUCCGUGGUGUAUUUCAUGGUUGGAAUUUGACAGCUGACGGAGGACGAAUUGGAGCAAAUGUAUUUAAGCUGAAAUCUAAUAUAUACAAGAUGAGGGCCAUUGGAAUUACUUUUCUUAGUUUAGCACUAACGACCGUUGUGGUUGGAAAUGCAUACUACCAAAAGAAACAGUUUUAUCCGUCUGUUGUGUACAUAACAAAAUCAAAUCCUAGUAUGGCGGUAAUCUAUAUUCAAGCUUUCAUCCUCGUUAUGAUUACGGGAAAAUUAAUGCGAAAAAUAUUCUUCGGCCAGUUACGAGCUGCUGAGUUUGAGCACUUGAUGGAGCGUUUUUGGUACGCCAUCACGGAGACCUGUCUGGCAUUCACAGUGUUCCGCGACGAUUUCAGCCCCAAGUUCGUGGCCCUCUUCACUGUUCUCCUGUUCCUGAAGUCGUUCCACUGGCUCGCGGAUGACCGUGUCGAUUUUAUGGAACGAAGCCCUGUCAUAUCUUGGCUGUUCCACAUACGUGUUCUCUCCCUGCUGGUGAUGCUGGGCAGCCUUGACCUGUUCUUCGUGAGCCACGCCUACCAGUCAACGGUGACCAAGGGGGCGUCGGUGCAGCUGGUGUUCGGGUUCGAGUACGCCAUCCUGCUGACCAUCAUCGUCAACAUCUCCCUCAAGUACGCUCUGCACGCCGUCGACCUCAACAGUGACAACCCGUGGGAGAACAAGGCAGUGUUCCUGCUCUACACAGAGCUCGUCAUGGGUUUCUUUAAAGUUGUACUGUACAUAGCAUUCGUUGGCAUCAUGGUGAAAAUCUACACUCUGCCACUGUUUGCCUUCAGGCCGAUGUACUACACAAUGAGGGCAUUCAAAAAAGCAUUCAAUGAUGUAAUAUUGUCUCGCCGAGCGAUACGAAACAUGAACACGCUUUAUCCCGAUGCAACUCCAGAAGAAUUAGCUGCUGCUGAUAAUGUUUGCAUCAUAUGCAGAGAAGAGAUGGUUACAGCGUCGAAGAAGCUGCCGUGCAACCACAUCUUCCACACGUCCUGUCUGCGGUCGUGGUUCCAGCGCCAGCAGACGUGUCCUACCUGUCGGCUCAACAUCCUGCGCACUCCGGCGGGCCCCCAGCACACACAGCCGCCCGCGCAGCCUCCCGCGCAGCCGGCACAGCCCGGUGGUAAUCAAUUCCAGCCGGUUGUGGGUGUCGCCCCGUUCAUGGGGCCAUUCCCCCUGUGGCAACAGUUUGGGCAGCCGCCCCUCAUCGCGGACAACCGACCGCCCGCACCGCCGCCAGCCGGCACACCUGGCACCACUGCUGGGCCCAGUGGUGCCACCACCACGACCACAGCCACCACCACGACAGCGAGCAGCCCAGGUCCGAGCGUCGUGCCCCCUCCACCGUUCCUCUGCCCGCCGUUUCCGUUCGUGCCCUUCAGCGUGCCGCCCCCCGCCAUGCCGCCCCACGUGGGGAGCCUCAGUGCGGAGGAGCUGCGCAGGAUGGAGGGCUCGGCGCGGGAGAGCGUGGAGGCACGCCUGCAGUGUCUGCGUCGCAUCCAGCUGCUGCUCGACGCCUCGGUCGCGCUCAUGCAGCAGUACUCCGCCGCCGCCGCCGCCGCCGCCGCCCCCAGCAUGAUGAAUGUUCCUCCCACGGUGCCUAGCGAGGCCACGACCGCCAACCACACGCACAACGGAAGCAGUGAGCCCGAAGCCACCGCAGAGCAGACAAACCACAACAGGGAAGACUACGGCGAGGCUGCGGCCGGGCCGAGCGCGCAGCCUGGGCCGAGCGCGCAGCCUGGGCCCAGCGCGCAGCCUGGGCCCAGCGCGAGCGACUGCACGCCUGCACACGGCCAGGAGCUGUCCAGGGAGCAAGAUGAGGUGCGCAGGAGACGCCUGCAGAAGUUUGCCCAGGACGAGGCGGCAAAGUGAUGUACCCUGCGCUUCGCGUUGCCACGUAUGAGCGACGGGUCAUCGCAAUGUGAUUACGAAUCGAUGAACUCUCCAAAAUAACCGACCAAGGCCACAAAAUUGGCUUGAUAUUUCACUUUGAUUUAUUGGUUAAGCAUUUUUGUUGUUUUUUUGGUGAAAUUUUGGUAUAUUCUAAUUAUGGAAGGAAGCAAACUGAAGUUUAAAGGAUUGAAAUUUUGUUGAACCACAGGCAAGGAUUAUGCAUUGUUUGGAUGUUAGGAAAUGUAGUGACUCAUGCCAACAAGUAAUUAAUGUUGACUGAAGUCAACACCUGCAUUUGAGACGUACAAUUUACAAAAAUUACUUAAAGAAAAUAAUAAUUGCAGCAUCUAAUGUACCUAGGAAUACAUUUAGAAAUUUCCCUUUAAAGUUACUGCUAUCUUCCUUUUGAUUUUUCGUUAUUUUCUCUCCAAAUUUAACGAAGUUAGCAUUUCAUUUGCUCAGUGUAUUUGCAUGAAUACAUAUCUUCCGGUGCAGAUCAGGAUGUUGUUUGAUUGAGAAUGUUUCUCAGCUGAGAAAAUUAUUCUGAACACUUUCAAAUGCACAGAAUCAUAUUCAUGAAGGAUUCCCUGCAGCUUGAAUGUUAACAUUUUCUUCAGACAACAACAUUCAUCCAUGGUAACUAUCUCUUAAGUUGCUACACAUGUGUAGUAGUUCAACCCCGUGUCUAAUUCAGGACCAGUUCAAGGGAGUGGCUCAUAAAUGUUGUAGUAAGCUAUUGAAAAUACUAUGACAUUUUCACCCUUUCCAAAUUACCUCAUCUUUUUUAAAUGUUACUUCAAAAUUUACCAAUUCAGUUAAUUGCAAGUUUGUCUUAUUAUUUUACUAACAUGAAAUUAUUUAAAGCCUUAUACAUACCUAAAAACAUUUUUACAAUACAAUUUUUGCUAGUAUUGGUUUGAUGUGAAAUGAACCUGGAUUUUCAAUUUUAUUUUGGAAGGGUUGCGCACAUGACCCUCGGCCACUGAAACCCACCACGCUACUAGCUAGCCAUGUGCAAUGUAGGCAGUAACGUCUGUUGCUUUCACUGGUGCUGGUGGACGCAAGGGUAUAUGUAUGGCACCAGUGGUUGAGGCCACUUGCGAGUUACAGUAAUGUUCAGUGGACUGCUGUUCUGUGACAGUGGGGUUGCUUUAAGACUGCUCCUCUUGUUGGUGUUUGUACGGGAAUUUCUGUUGUGGUCGUGACAUGUUUAGGUUAGCUUGACAACACUUUGUGUGUUUGUUUGGUGUGUAUGAUCAGCUGCUUGCAGCAUUGUUGGCUUUCUAAAACUAUAUAAUGGUUUGGAAGACAGUAUGUCUUGAUUUUAACAAGAGGCAGUUCUGUUUAAAGGGGAUUUAAAUUGUAUGAGCACCAAAAAAUGCAAUACGUUCUUGUCUCUGUUGAAUUCAGGCAGACUUGAAAGUUGCACUGUUGGCUAAUCAUCUCAGCGAUACCGUGUCUUGCUUGGACUCGCUGCUAUUCAGAUUGCUCCCAAUCUGCAACAUUUGGGCUUUUGUUUAGGUGUUUCCUUCUAGAGCCAUUGGGGAAUCCAGAAACCCCUCCCCCCAUAUGAUAGCAACUUACACUGGCUAAAAGAUGUUUUCACCAGACACACAUUGGGGAGGAAGGGACGUUAGUUUUUUAACACAUGCUCGUAUCCCAAAUCUCCUACCCUUAAGGAGUUUUGGUACCUAGCAGCUAAUUAUUUUGUAUUUAUAUGGAAUAUUACCCUUUUUAAACUUUGUGAGAGAUGUUUUAAUGUUAAUGAAAAUAAAUUUUUUUUUUUAUAAAAAAUAUUCACUAUUAACUAUGAAAAUCUUAUUUCAAAGGUUUUGACUGUGUAUCGAAAAUGAAAACAAAUUUGAUUAUAGAAAUCAAAACUUUUUAGUUACUUGCUCAUUUAUGACACAAUUAUUAAUUAUCCCAGGUAAAUUAAUCUAAUGUUAUUGAUGUGUCCAAUUACUCAAAUAUUUCAAAAAUUGAGACUCCAAAAAAAAGUUGCAUGUAUUUCUAUUGUCAUAAAGUAGCCAGUCGCAUUGAACUUUUAACAUGGAAAGUUUCAUAGUCAUUUAGGUAUUUAUCCUUGUGGGUCGUCGGCCAACUACCAAAUGUAUGGGGGAAAUAAAUGGAUAAAGUGUAGCCAUGCAUUAUCAGCACAAUCUUUAAAUCAUUUUCAUAUGCAUUAUCAUAAUCAUUUCUUGAUCUCAAAAGGUGGGGGGGGGGGGGGGGGGGGGGAGGAGUGUAACUCAUCCUAACAACAGUAUAGCAACUACAAACGAGAGGAUGUACAACAGUUGUUCCAACACAAAUCCACAGGGAUUGGUAAGUCUUAAGACAGGGUGCUUCUGGUGGAGUUUACCUAAUUAGAGGACUUAAAUUUACUAAAAAUAACUUGACCACUAAAUUCUGUAAAAUCAAAAGUUAUUAUUGGCAAUAUUAUACUUAAAAUUACAUAUCAGUCUUUCCGGUUACAAAUUAAUAUUUACUAACCCACUUACAACUUAAAUAAUUCAAAUUAAACUCUGUAAAUAACAGUUUGCAUCAAAAACGUUUAUUUUUAAUUUAGGCCUUACUUGCUGAACUUAAAAUUAUCUCUAACAUUUGAAUGUGCUUAAAAUAAGACCAAAAUCUCUUUCCCUUAGGGGCUGGCCUCUCAAGAGGGGCAUCAAUAAUGACGGAGGACCUGACCUAUAACAUGCGGCUGACAGCGACUUAUCUUCUGACCGAGCAAAUGUCAACUACAUGACGACCCGUGAACUCGCCUAAUGGCGCGUACAACCUUGAAAGCAAUGCAUCCUUGCUUCCAGAACAGCCCAGUGUCACCUCUCCCAAAUAUCACAACCUCUGUCCGGGCCACUCGGCCGCUUGCAGUGAGGCCCAAAUCGCAACUUGGUAGCGACGGCCGGUGCCGUCACAAGCAUGCUGCUGAGCCGAGACCAGACAUCGGGAUGUAGGGAAUGUUCAGACCUUGCGCUGGUGCCAUACACUACAUACCAAGUAGCUCCUCCCACCCAGCAGAUAACCGGAGGUGCCCAAAGUCUGAACAGUGGCUCAUCUGAAGUCAGGUGAUUACAGGCCACGAAAGUCGUGAAAAAGUAAUUAACGGUGUGGGAAGUCACAAAUUUGUUUAUUUCCAUUUGCCUUUUGUGAAUUUGAAUUUGAAAUUUCUACUUCAUUUUUUAGUUGAACAUAAAAUACAAAUAGUUAAAGAUUUUCCAUUUAAAUGAUCUGUCUGAAAUCGUGUCUGGAAAUGUUAUAGCUUAUAGGUUUAUAAAAAAUCAGCUAACUCAUUCCUGCAAACAGUAGAUCUAGUUCAUAUUAUGUUUGUUUUUAUCAUAUAACAUUAAGCUGUUGCUCUCAGCCAUGCAUCAAACAUGAGGUGGUCUCAGUUCUUAAGUCAUAGUGUGAACUGUAAUAUUUUCCAACCCUUCCAGUUUGAGCUGAAAAAUAUUGGGUCUAUGAAAUUCCUUUACUCCAUUGUAAUUUUAAAAUUUUGAGCAACUGUCUUGCAAGUGAUUGACCACAAAUAAGCUGCAGCUAAUUCUGGUGAUGGCUACAAUUGACUUUGUGAGAUGUUUUAUAAGUCAAAAAUUGUUUUUUCCUUAUUUUUGAUGUUAUUUAAGGGUUAGAUUUUGUUUACUUUUUAUAAGGUACACAGAAUUUUCUAGGCUAGUCACUCGAUUUGCUAUACUUUCUCAACAACUUAUGAAAUAAUCUGCACUUGCAUCGUCAACAUAAUUUUAUUUUGCGUACUUAAUGUAGCUUGUCUCACUUUUAAGUUUUAAUGUAGAUUAUUUUCAGACAUCUCUGCUGUGUGAAACAUUUGUAGUAUGUUACUUGCUACCUGAGUUUCAUAAACUCCUGUAUUAGUUAAAAAAAAAGUAUCCUAUUUUUAUUGUUUUGGUUUUUGUCAAUAAUAUUAUUUUUAUCUCAACUAGGUUACCAUGUGAGUUAAAACAAUGGUUAUUGAAAGAAACUAUAUUCUUGGUAAAAAAAAAUUUUAAACUGGUUGUUGCUAAUGUAUUAUAUAUGCUGUAAUUAACCUCUAUGUAGUUAAUUACAAUCUGCAUGUUGCUUACGUGUUUUACAACGAUAAGCUUUAUACUAUAACUUAAAAAAAUAAUUUUAUUACCAGUCUGGUUUGCAUAUUGAUGCACAUAUACCUAAAUGUGAAUGGGAAUCUGCAAAUAAAGACAUUUAAUUUCAUGGUGUGAGACUACAUUAUUCUACAAGAAUAAUAUGAAAUUUUGGACUUUGAUUACUUCCAUGCUUAAUUGUACUGCUACAAAAUGACAGAGUGAUAGAUCCAAAAAUUGUUCAAUGGACAAGAACAUGUUACACAUAUAUUUUCAGGCUGUAAAGAAUAAGUAUUAUGAAGAAGGCUUAUUUGUUUCCAAAAUAUUUGUAGACUUUGUAAUUUUGUCAUAUUUGCUUAAAAAAGAUUGGUAUUCAAAAACUUUAUAGCAUAAUUUGUACUAAAGAAAUAACAAAGCCCUACUUGCAGUAAAAUAGAUGGUCAAUAUUUACUUUUAAAAAUUUUUCCUUUGCUUGUCUAUUGAUGUAAAUUAAUGAUAAAAAUUGAAACAGUUCUAUCCAUAUUUUGACCUUGCUUUAUUAAAUAAUUUUUUUUACUUUGGUUAUUUGAUUUUUUUUCCAUGCUUGCUGUACUUGUAUCAUUUGGCACAUGGUCCACCUUAUUGACUACUAUGUAUCAAAGUUAUUUGUCUUGAGUUUUUGAGAAAUUUUUAUUAACGAUUUUUUUAACUAAAUUAUUUCAUAAAUGUUUUUAAUUAUUUUCUGGGAAGUUAAUAGUUUAAAAUUUUACUCCUGAGAUAUAAAUAUGCAAACAUUGUAUUGCAGGCAGUUAUCUUACUCAGACACCUAUAGCAUGAACGUAUUUCAGUUACGCAUUACCCUAGGCUUCUUUUCUAUGAGUUAUGACCUGACAUGGGAAAUGAAAACAUUCUAUCAAUCUUUUUACACCGGAUGCAAGUCUUUGUUGGUUUUAGAAGUGUUAGUUCAGAAGUAAAAGGCCUUCUUAUUGAAGUAAAUGUGUUUUUUUAUAGGCUUAUAUUUAAAUUAUGAAUAUAAGUUUGUAUAAUAAUUCCCAGUGGCCAGAAGUAUCAAUUUCACUACCAACAUGUUUAACACAAAGUGUAAAACAAAGAUGAAAUAUUGUGAUUACCACCUCAUCUUCUGUACAGGAAAGAAAAAAAUAAUAUGUCAUUUUGUAAAAUGGUUAAAAACAACUCUCAUUUUAUUUUGAUAAAGUACUUUUGUAAUAUAAAAUGUAAAUCGGCUGAAGUGUGUGUUUGGUGUAAUUUUGAAUGUGCUGUGUAAAUUAAAAUUGUAUAAAUGAUCAAGCUUGUUAUGUUCUUAUUAGGGGUUUGUAUAGCCAUUUUAUUUUCAAUAUUUUUGUACAUAGAAACAUGUUUUAUUUCUUUCACUGGUAUCUGCUUGGUUGUAAGUUUUGCCAUUGCCAGUAUCAAGAGAAUUAUUUUUGGUUAGGUCUGAUUUUGGAGUGACCAGUUAUUUUUAAAAGAUCCUUUAUUUACAGUAAUUAAUUUUGAGUUUGCUUCAUAAUUUUUCCUUCAAACUCUCUGCAGUUUACCAUUUGUAGUGUUUGUAAAUACAGUGAUUAAUCAAUGUGCAUGUUCUAGCAAAAUUGUAUGUUUUACUGUCCCUGCCAUCCAGUUAUGUUAAAUAAAUGAAUCCAGUAUGUAAAAAUUGUAAACAUAUAUUAUUAACAUUUGUACAUACUAGUUUGUUAUUGUUGUUAGUGCUGAAAAACUAUUUUGAGAGAACAAAAGCCCAACAAGAAAGUGAGCAUUUUUAAAUCACUAACUUGUAACACAAAAAAAAUAUGAAAUAGAAUUGGCACUAUACCCAUUGAGUUAAAACUGUUGGCAAAUUGAAAAAAGAAAGAAAAAAACUGUGUUUUGUCCUGGACUGAUGCCAAUUUAACCUAGACUAUGAAAUGUUUCCACCUGCCAUAUGCUCAUUAAUACAGUAGAACCCCGAUUUUGCGAACACGGAUUUAACUAAAACAGCGAUUUAACGUAAA